CAGGACGUACCACGGAAGGAUGGGCUCAACCUACAGACUUGAGGUGCCACGACCCCACGAGACAACCCUGCCACACUUCUGUCAGCCCACCUCAUCGCCUCAGGGGACCAGUACGCGCGACCUGCAGCUGAGCAUCGAGCAGUUCAGCCUCGGCAGGUUCACCUCCCACACCGACGCUGGCUGUCCUGACGGCCACAUGCAGAUUGAGGAGCUGAGUCGUCCCCUCAACGCCGGGUUCUGGUGCGGGACGUCCUGGGGCCACAACGUUUACUACUCGGAGACGACUGCUAUCACCCUCAUGUUGCGGGUGUUCAACAUCAGCCACACCAACCAGGACAUGCCAAACCCGGGAUCAUUCCAGCAACAGGACACCAUCAUGCUCCGCCUCUCCUACCGCUUCCUACGCAAGGAACGAGCGAUCCUGAGGUACGGGAAACCCUACAGUCCUAGCUACCGCGGGGAGGAUCUUCCCAACUCUUUUUGUGAUAAGUACUUUGAGAACUGCGACAAGAAGAACUGUAAGAUCCAGUCACCAAACUUCCCCGGCAUGUACCCCCGUAACCUCACCUGUUACUACCACAUCCGACAGACCCGCGUGCCGGAGGGGAAGGUGGCGCUGGUGUCCGUCUACCAGCGUAACCCUCACCUCAUCUACAUCAAGGACCACAACGUUCCUCACAUGUCGCGGGAGAAACGCCUCAAGGUGGGCGCCUCCUGCCACACUAUAUACGACUACCUGGUGGCCUUCGACGGCAACACGACGAGGUCGCCGGUACUGGCUAAGUUGUGUAAGGGCGGGGCGCCCCUCUCAAGCCUCAUAGCCAGCGGGCCUGACCUCCUCCUACUAUUCCACGCCUCACCCUACGACUUCCCUUUCCAAGAUUCUCCUCGACGUCGCACUUUUGGCUUCGAACUGGACGUGGCUGUAGAGUUCGUGGACCGCGAGUCUACGGCGUACGUCCGUAAAGGUUCUGAGUGUGAGUAUCAGGUGAACAGCCAAGGUCAGCGUAGUGGCUACGUACAGGCCUCAGCUCACUCCCUGCUGCCCAACACCACCUGCACCUGGCGACUCCUGGCGGGCAACACAGAGAUCGUGUGGCUCUACUUCCUCCACUACCGCCACGUCAACCACCCAGAGAUGCCCAAACCAGCAAAGUGUUCCAACACUCUGAGCAUCUACAACGGGGACAUACCGCUGGGCAGCGACACCAACAGCAGCAGCCUGUUACUGGGAAGGUUCUGUAAGCCUGACAGGCUCCCUCGUGUGUGUAGUGAAGUGCACGCCCCGGGGCCCUACUCGGCCCCCUGCUCUCCGAUGGAGAGUUACGUGUCCGCCCGGCCCGCCAUGACUCUGGCGCUACGAUACGCCGCCGGUACGGGCCCCGCGCACGUGGAGUUCCUGGCCCGGUAUGAGUUUGUUGACAUCCGUCAAUGGGGUGAUCCCACCCCUGACGGAGGACCUUGUGACCGCACCUUCAGCGUUCGGCCAGACCGCUUGUUUGCAUCUCCAAGGGAUGUGUUUAUGUUCGGUCGCGGCGGAGCCAAGAGACUGCGUUGCGUGUACACCUUCCAGGUGGAGCCAUACCAGCGAGUGUCACUAAGAAUCCUGCGGUCCAAGAUGGGGACAGAGUGUAACACUGUGUACAGGAACUCCUCCCGUCGCUACGAGUGUUCACACGCAGGAGAGUCAGGUCACCCAGCCAUCAAAAUCAGAGAGGAACCUUGGCCCAACGUCCCCGCCGAGCGAGCGUGUCUGUGUAAUGUGACCAACGGGCGGCCCUUCAACCUGGUGUCCUACACUAACACCAUCCACAUCACCUUCAGUGUGCCCUAUAUGUCCCCGACCAACGACUACGACGACUAUUUCUUCGCGGGAGAAUACUCGGUGUUGGAGGCGCCGCUGGAGGUGACGGAGGGCUGCAACGACACCACCCGACGGCUAGGUGGCCGCUACGGCAACUUCACUGUGGGGGCGGGGCGAGGCGAACUGUGUGCCUCCCUGCCCCGCCUCAUUGUCGCCACUGACGCCUCCUUCCUCUUCAUGAGGGUGCGAGGCUUCGCCGCCACCGAGGACAACUGUGAGGUCGCUUCCCGCAUCAACGUGUACGCCGCUGGGGCAGCCACACCCAUCGCCUCCAUCUGCCCGGAGCGGCGGGACGUUUACACCCACAUCUUCAGUAGCGGCUGGGAGGACUACGAGUUCAACUUUCAGUACGAAGAAGAUCCUUUCUCGUACCAGAACACCACCAGCCUCUCCACCACCAGCCUCUCCACCUCAAGCCUCUCCACCACUAGCUUCUCCACCACCAGCCUCUCCACCACCACCACCCUCUCCACUACCACCCUCUCCACCACCACCCUCUCCACCAGUAGCUUCUCCACCACCAGUAUGACCACCUUCCUUGAGGACUAUGAAGAGGAGGGACCAAAGGAACCUCCCCAGUCACGUGAUCUCUUCGUCGAGUACAUCGGCAACUACUCGGGUCGGUUCCUGGUCACUUGGAUAGGGAUUUGGCGGCCGCUCAAGGUGCCGUCGCUGAUGCCCUCAGGCGUCGACCCUUGCCCGCACCGCUGCCCAGACAUCUCGGCCUGCCUGCCCGAGGAGCUGUGGUGUGACGGCAUCCCACACUGCCCCUCUGGCUCUGACGAAGGGGCAGCCGCCUGCGGUCUUCUGGCCACUCUGCCCUGGGUGUACUUGAUAGCGGCGGGCGUCUUGCUGCUCUCCCUGGUGUCACUGUUCAUCGCCGUGGUGGUACACAAGCGGCAGUCACACACGCAGAAGGUGGUGGUGGCGGCGGCGACGGCGGCCGUCAACAACGGCACCGGGAUGAAGAGCAACACACAGGACCUCCUCAUCCCGCCCGAGAACGACACCUGGUGACAACGAGCCCAUUCUGACGACGUCGUCUGUAUUGACUACGAGACCACUGUGUAAACCAUUGUGGGGCGCCCUCCUCCCCCUCCCCUCCC